UAUUGGGUUCUGAUGUGUGNUAUUGCAAUAUGGACGAUGUUCUCCCCGUCACAGGACGCCGAGGGAAUGGACAUGGAGACCUACGUCACGAUGAUCUACAUGACGCGACUCCUUCUGUACUCCAACCACGCCAUCAACCCAUUCGUUUACAACUUUGUAUCCAGGUUGGUCAUUGUUUUCAGUUACGGUGCUCCUUGACCCUUAGUUGUUGCGGUUCGUGAUCCUUCAGUAGGGAUCCGUUACCCUCUAGUUGGGGUGGCCCGUGACCUUCAGUGCUUGUCCGUGACCUUCGGUUGGGGUGGUCCGUGAACCUUUCAGUUUCUAGGCGAUUCGCAUAAACUGAACAAUAAGUCCCAAAAGAAACAUAAUUUUAAAUAAAAAAUAUGAGGUCCCGUACCCUGCCGCAAGAUGGACUAAUUCCGACUGGUCCAUAAAAGUAACUACAAAUUGAGAAGCACUGUUGAAUAGUAGUAAUAAAUUACAAAUGCCUUGUCUAAUAUUAUAUUUUAAUGACAAGUGUUUCUUAAAAUAAGGCAAUAGCUCUUCUGAAGUUCCUCAUCUUAAAUGUCUUUAUAAUGAUGUGGUAACAAAAAUAAGCUCAACACAAAAGCUGCCUCGAAUGUAACCAAACAGCGAACCAGUCUGGUAAGCUGCCUCAAAUGUAACCAAACAGCAAACCAGUCUGGUAAGCUGCCUCAAAUGUAACCAAACAGUGAACCAGUCUGGUAAGCUGCCUCGAAUGUAACCAAACAGCGAACCAGUCUGGUAAGCUGCCUCGAAUGUAACCAAACAGCGAACCAGUCUGGUAAGCUGCCUCGAAUGUAACCAAACAGCGAACCAGUCUGGUAAGCUACCUCGAAUGUAACCAAACAGCGAGCCAGUCUGGUAAGCUGCCUCGAAUGUAACCAAACCUAUAACCAGCAUGUUAAGCUACGUCGAAUGUAACCAAACAGCGAACCAGUCUGGUAAGCUGCCUCGAAUGUAACCAAACCUAUAACCAGCAUGUUAAGCUACCUCGAAUGUAAAAGAACUUAUAAACAGUCUUAUUAAACUACCUCAAAUUAACCAAACCUAUAACCAGUCUUAAAAAGCUAAUUCGAACGUAACCAAACCUAUAACCAGUCUUAUAAUCUACCUUGAAUAUAACCAAACCUAUAGCUGGUCUUAUAAGCUGCCUCGAAUGUAACGAAACACAUAACCAGACCGAUUGAAAUAAUCAUCUACUUCGGUAGAAGCUAAUGUGGCUUUGGGAAAGGCGCAAAGUACGUGUUUGAAAACAAGGAUGGCGUAGAGCUUUGAUCUUCGACAAUAAAAAGACUAAAGCCUUCACAGUUUCAGCUCCACUUUUUUUGGAAGACAAAAAUCAAAAUUCUUACCCGUAAAAAUAUCUCAAGUGUACUCUGGGAAUAAAUGAUAUUGAUACUAAUUUGUUCUUUAUUUAAUUGCAAUUAAAAAAAGAGAACCAUGAUCCAAUAUUGAGACUAUUUAAAUUGCUAUUUAAAAGCGAAAGACGGAAAGUCUUCAUCUCAUGGUCCAGUAACUCAACCGGGAGAUUGGUACUUACACUUAGUCUAGUUACACCAGACUUCAAUAUUUUUUUUUAACCAAUCAAUGAUAAGAAAUGUAAAACAAAUGGCUGCCUUUUCCGCAGUUAUGUGUUUUUGCAAUCGGACGAAUGGAAAUGCCGUCGUGGCGACCCGAGAGACACAGAUACAUUCAAAUCUACAGAUAUUACUACAUGGAACCGGGAGAUAUAUAUAUAUAUAUAUAUAUAUAUAUAUAUAUACAUAUAUAUAUACAUAUAUAUAUAUAUAUAUAUAUAUAUAUAUAUAUACAAUGUAUAUGUGGUAGCUAAAUAAAUCAACCACUGUUUUGAGCCAGCGUGUUCUGACAGAUUCUUAACGUAUGCAUUUUUCUAGAUCAACUUUUUGAAGAAAAAAAAAGCAAAUGAAAAACACAGAUAAACGGGGGAGGAAUCAAUAGAAGGCGGAAGACGGCGUUUCGCCGAAACGUUCUUUUGAUCGUUCUGUCCUCCUUUUUUUUUUUUUUUCCAAGCCUAAAUAUAAUUCGUGCACUAUUUCUUUCUUUCACACACUUUGAGCGCAUUUCCCAAAUUAUCGUUGUCCUGAGGGUAUUUCUUUUCACGGCCAAUGUUAAUUUCAAAUUUUAAUUUAAUCGUUACAUCAUUCCCUUUUUUUUUAAAUUGUAUUUCCAGUUAUAAUUUUUAGGAUCUCAAACUCUUGCCACGACUCCUGGUGACCGUUAUAUUACCCCUGAUCACGAUUCACUCAGCUACAAAAUUGAUCACGUAUAGAAAAUUCUACCAAGCUAUCAUCCUUUCUUUCGGAUGUUUAACAAAUAUGUGACCAGCACCACUCUCCUCACCCGACUCUUCAAAGUGAUCUUUAUUUUAAUAGAUUGAAAAAAAACAAAAACAACUUGCUCACGAUUAGUUACUAGUGUUCGUAGAAAAAAGAAAGACAUUCAAAGUAAAUUUCAGAACGUGGUUCACUGUUUCCUGAGUUCGACACUUUCAUAAACAUGUUUGUCUUGAGAUCAUCGCGCGCUAAGACGGCAUGUCCCUAGUGACUGCAUGUCCCUAUAACACAGAUUCGUUGCCCCCACCAACUUAUUUUUUUCCACAAUGAUUUGUUUAAAAUGUCUCAUUUUUUAAUUUUUUUUUCUAAAUUCAGUACGAUUGCCUAACUUAGCCAUUCACAUUCUCCUUUGUGUUCCAGAAAAUUCCGGCGUGCGUUGUUGUGGUUGUGUUGUGAACGGAGGCGACGAAAUGCCAGACUUGACGAGUGGAAGGAUUUAGUCAACAACAGACAGCCAAUCAGGUGCGUCCAUGCUACUGAUCAUAAUAUGGUAACAAUUUUGGCUCCAGAGCCAUUUUACUGGGAAGUUUUGGGAGGCUUUUAAUGGAAAGUCUUGGGAGCCCUUUUACUGGGAAGUCUUGGGAGUCUUUUUACUAAGAAGUCUUGGGAGUCCUAUUAAUGAGAAGUCUUGGGAGCCCUUUUACAGAUGUCUUGGGAGUCUUUUUACUAAGAAGUCUUGGGAGUCCUAUUAAUGGGAAGUCUUGGGAGCCCUUUUACUGAUGUCUUGGGAGUCCUUUUAAUGGGAAGUCUUGGGAGCCCUUUUACUAAUGUCUUUGGAGACCUUUCACUGAGAAGAAACGUGAGCCUUUUUACUGAGAAGUCUUGAGAGUUCUUUUACCAAGAAAUAAUGGGAGACUUUUUCUGAGAAGUCUUGGGAGCCCUUUCACUGGGAAGCCGUGUAAGCUCUUUCACUGGGAAGCCGUGUAAGCCCUUUCACUGGGAAGCCGUGUAAGCCCUUUCACUGGGAAGCCGUGUAAGCCCUUUUACUGGGAAGCCGUGUAAGCCCUUUCACUGGGAAGCCGUGUAAGCCCUUUCACUGGGAAGCCGUGUAAGCCCUUUCACUGGGAAGCCGUGUAAGCCCUUUUACUGGGAAGUCUUGAUUCCUGGGAAACUGAAUUCCUCUAGUUGGUUUAUGAUAUAGUCUUUAUUCGUGUGCUGUCCCCACCGUGUGUUGUAUAUUUCUUUGUUAUUUUCACACAUGUGCACAUAGAUGUUUCAAUUAGAGGUUUUAAAAUGAAAUCAACCAUCAUUUUCAAAGGGUUAGUGAAGUGCACUUACGAUGUCAUUAUUAUUGUUAUUACAGUGGUCUUAAAUAGCGCGGUACCCCAGCCUAGCGCUAAGCUCAGCACGCUUCACAUAAAAACAUAAAAUAAACAAGAGAUUAAAAAAGUUAUAUUUAUUUAAUUUAAAAAAAACCCAGCUUUAUAAAACAAAACAAAAACAUUUUCCCCGCACCUUGUUUGAUAUGAAAAAAUCGCCACAUAACUCAUUAGAUUUCCAUUUCAAGAAACAAAUUUCGAGUAGCAAUACAGAACGGUGUAUGCAACAUGUGUAGGUAUUUAAUUAAUGCAAUCUAAGCUCUAUACAAAAUGAAUCUAUUACUAUAAUACAUUCAUCGACCAUCGAGUCCAUUUUGGCUGUAAUAACGUGGACUAUUUAUAAAAUUCCUGCUGAAAUCGAGAGGAGUUUCGCUGAGGUGACCUUCUCUUCGUAGAAUAAAAAAAAAAGAUUUCUUGCGUGAAAACCUUCAUCUUGUUUUGUGAUGGUUCUAUCUGGUAUCGUAUAUUUUGUCAAUAGUAUCAUUAUUUAUCUGUUCGUAGAAUGGACUCAUUCCGCCAACACCGGCGAAGCACGGCGGGCCGACUGUACGAUAUCGACAUCAACAUCCGUGACAAGGAGAGAGAGGAGCAGGAGGCGAUGGACCGCCACAGCCAGAGAAACGACUUCCUGGUGCUGUACGAGCAUCUGCUUCUGGAGUGA